AGAAUGACAUUGGCUCACAAUUCUUACUUCUUAGUUCUAGUUGGAAUUUAAGACGUUGAGUUGCAACUUUAUGAAUAAUUAAUUUUGUAUUGUAUUUAAUAUAUCGUUAGAAAAUAAAUAAAAAUAAAAAUAUUUAAUUUUAAACUCGUGACAAAACUCGUUAUAUAAAUAGAGACCGAACCUAUUUUGUUUUGUAAACAAAAAUAAAACAAGAGUGUCAGACGAUGAACUUCGGCUAGGUUUACUAAUUGGUACUUUAAAAAUAACUAAAAAAUAAAACAUGGGUAAAAUAAAUAAUUCGUUUUUUUGGGGAAUAAUUUUCGCGUCGGCAACGUGGAGUAUUUCGCUUUACUUAUAUUGGUUACUUAAUAUGAGCGGUAAUCAGAUAGUAAACAAAGCAACAAAAGUCCACUAUCGACCACUUAACUGGGAUAUCAAAGAUCGUAUAAAGAACAAUGAUAAAUCUAUUGCAGCAUUGGAAGGGAAGGAUUUACUCAGUGACCAACCAAGAGAUGUGGAGGAAACAUUGUCAAAGACAAUGUGGAAAUAUCAAGAUUAUAAGAGACAAUCAGAGUACCGAAGAAAAGUGAUGCUAAAAGAAAAAUUUGCUAAACAGCAAGCUAUUAAAAUGUCAAAAAAGACUGAAAAUGAUUUAGAAGAACAAUUUGGCUUGAUAAGAAAUUCAGAAGAUUUAAGAAUCCGAGACAAAGGUUAUAAUCUUCAUGCUUUCAAUACACUUAUAUCUCAAAGAAUCGGAGACCAUAGGGACUUACCAGAUACCAGGAAUAAACUGUGUCAAUCGCAACAAUACUUUGAUGAAUUACCCCGGGCGUCAAUUAUAAUCUGUUUCUACAAUGAACAUUACGAAACAUUGAUGCGAUCAGUACAUUCUAUAAUGGAUAGAACGGAUCAGAAGCACAUAAAAGAAAUUAUACUUGUUGAUGAUUACAGCGACUUAUAUAAUUUGCAUCAUGAUGUACAGGAGGCGGUAGAUAAAUUGAAUAAUGUUAUAAAGAAAGAGGAAGAGAUGAUCGAAACUAAUAAUAUUGAUAUGGAAAAUGUUGUAGAUUACAUAAACGAUGACAAUUAUGAUAAGAAAAGCACUGAAAAUAGUGAGGUCAAGAAUAAUGUUUUUAAUAUAAGACUUUUAAAAACGAGUAAGAGAGAAGGACUUAUACGGGCAAGACUCUAUGGUGCCGACAACAGUGUGGGAGAUGUCUUAGUAUUUUUAGAUUCACAUAUCGAAGUGAAUGUGGGCUGGUUGCCGCCGCUUCUGAAGCGUUUGUCCCAAGGUGUGGACGGAGUGAAAGUGCGAUACUCGGCUCGUGCCGUGACGCCUGUCAUUGACGUGAUAAACGCUGACACCUUUGAGUACUCGCCCAGUCCACUUGUGAGGGGUGGAUUUAAUUGGGGACUACAUUUUAAAUGGGACAAUCUGCCAAAAGGAACGCUCAUAAACGAUGAAGAUUUCAUGAAACCCUUGAAAUCUCCGACAAUGGCUGGUGGCCUCUUCGCUAUAUACCGAGAGUAUUUUAAUGCGAUUGGAAAAUACGAUCCUGGCAUGAAUGUAUGGGGUGGUGAAAAUUUAGAAAUAUCUUUUAGAAUAUGGAUGUGUGGUGGUUCGUUAGAGCUGAUCCCUUGCAGUCGAGUCGGGCACGUGUUUCGUAAGAGGCGACCGUACGGCGUAGGCGAGAAGCAGGACUACAUGCUUCAGAACUCUAUGAGGAUGGCUCGAGUGUGGAUGGAUGAUUAUGUGAAAAAGGUGAUAGAGGUGAAUCCGUCGGCGGCUCACGUGGAAAUCGGCGAUAUAUCAGAACGGAAAGCGUUGCGCGAACGUUUGCAGUGCAAAACGUUUAAGUGGUACUUGGACAAUGUUUACCCGGAACUGGAGACGGGCGAAAACACCCAGGCCAAGAAGAGGAUGGCGGCUCUGAACGACGCCGAGAAGAAUAAGUUUCAGCCGUGGCAUUCGAGGAAACGUAAUUACACAGAUUCAUACCAGAUACGAUUGAAGAACACGUCUCUUUGCAUGCAAAGCGCUAAGGACAUCAAAACGAAAGGCAGUGGCCUAGUGCUCGCUAACUGCAUAAGAACUCUGAAUCAGAUGUGGUUCGAAACGGAUCGUAGCGAGCUGGUGCUCGGCCGGACAUUAUGUCUGGACGCAUCGAACAACGUGGCGCCGAUAUUAGGAAAGUGCCACGAAAUGGGUGGAACACAGGAAUGGAAACACAAGGGCACUGCGAGUUCUCCUAUUUAUAACACGGCGGCCGGAAUGUGUCUUGGCGUGGACAGAUCGUACAGAGGUGAAACCGUCUUAAUGGUUAUCUGCGAUGACUAUUCCAAUAACAAAUGGGACAUAGUCAGGUCAUAAGUGCUUUUGAGUCGCCUUCUAUUCUGCUAAAACAAUGAAUGAUGCAUUGCCCGAAUAUUUUUUCGUGUAUAUAGAUACUACUAUAUAAUAAUGUUUAUAUUUAAUUUAGUUCAAGAGUAUGUCUUGCCAUCCAUUUGAAUUGGGUCAUGGACGAAAUUGCCAAAACGGUGCCAAGAGUAUUAAUUAUUUUCGAACGUAAUAAUUAGAUUCAUAAUAAUAAUAUAAGGCCAUUUUCCACUACGUAACUACUCUCAUUAGGCGACUAUUGUCCUCUAGUGAAUGACGGAAAAUAACAAUUUGUGACACUAUGCCUUUUUGCCAUUUUCUAUCAUUAAUAGUGCCAGCGGGUUGUGCUUCGGUAUAAACAAUUUCUAGUUAGGUUGGUAUGUAUUUUAUCCCACUCUAUAUGUUCAUGCGAAGCCGUAAUUAAGUAAGCAACUCCAUCGAUAAUAUUUCGAAUAAGAUUCAUGCUUAAAUCAUUAAUUAAAACAGUUUGAAUUUAACAAAUUGACUGGUGACUACAAGAUAAUUAAUAGAUAGGCUCUUUACCUAACCAGGACAUCGACUAUGAGCUAUUUCGCAGCUUCUUUACAGAUCGAUUUUGUUGUUGCUACGAAAGAGGUCUUAGAAUAAAAUUGUAAAAAUUUGUUGAGUAGGGAAAAGAAGAAAAUAUCAGGGUUGACGUAAUUCAAAUGAAAAUUUGCUUAAGACAUGAGCAAAACAUAUAAUUGUUUUAUUUGUAUUAUAAUUAAAGUUUUUAAUAAUGUAAUAUGAUUAAAUUGGAUUGGCUUCUUAGACCGCAACCUUAGAAGGACCGUUGAAAACAACCGUAUGCAACCGAUCCUCCCGUUCCAUUAACGGUGCUUUUAAGUAUCACAAGCACCGGUCACCGUCCUCGUCGAACCCGUCAAUUGCGAUAAAGAGCUCGACGAGCAAAUUAACCUAUAAACACAGCCCACUGAGUUUCUCGCCGGAUCUUCUCAGUGGGUCGCGUUUCCGAUCCGGUGGUAGAUUCUGCGAAACACUGCUCUUGCUAGGGUUAGUGUUAGCAACGUCGUAAGGUUUGAGCCCCGUGGCUCACCUACUCGCUCUGUAAAUCUAUUAUAACCCCUCGAGGCUAUAAGAAUAGAAUAGGUUUAAAAUAAUAAGGAGUAACUACCAUCUGUAACUGUUCCAAAUUUCAAUACAACCGGGUGAACGUCUUACGAAUGCAUAGUGGACAAAUUUAAAAUGAAAUAAAGUUCUCAUCCAGCCCCUAAUUUACGUCCUUAAGAGUAAAAAUGUUAGGGCUAAGCUGAAAUAGCGUCUCAGGGCUGUGAGCAUAAGUAGGAAAAAAAAGUAACCGUAUUAUUUAACAGAAUGGAUAAGUGUAUAUUAUACUAGACGUUAGUGGAAUAAAUACGCACGGCCAUUGGAAAAUAGCUCUAACACAUUGAAACGCAAAGUUUAAUGUUGUAUAAUUUCAUAAUCAAAUUUCAUUUAUUAUGAUUAAUGAAGUUUUAGUAUUUGUGCUAGUUACCAACAUGAUUCCGUUCAAGGUAUGGUAAGAUUUACCUGUUGUGAAACGUAUUUUAAGAGUUGUCCCUAAUGACACAUGAAGUUUAUCGAGAUUAAGUUCUUUUUUUACGUUUUUUUAUUCGUCCAAAAUAUUUUAUAUUUUAGCAGUAUUUAGUUUGAAAUGUGACAUUUUUUUUUAUAGUUUAAUAUUUAAGUUUUUUAGUGUACGUUGCCAAUGUAGAAUGGAUUCCUAACAGUAGGCAAUAAGAUAAAGUAUUUUUUUCAAACUAAUCUUUUUAAUUAGUGCUUUAUGUAUAAAUAGGUUUUUAAGUUGUGUGUGUCCAUGUUAAAAGAUAUGUUCUUGAUUCAGAUGAGCUGUUUCGAUUGAUUUAAAAUAGAGAUGGAUCGGGUAGCCGUUUAGUGUUGGACACCGGAUAGCACGAGCGUGUGUACCUCUGACAAUAAGAAGACAAUAAUUUAAUCGUUAUCAAUUUUGUAUUAGAUAAUUCGUUUUUCUGUCUCGUUUUUCUGUCUCAAUGUUUUAGGCAGCUAUUAAAUUUCCAAUAUCUAACGAAGCACAAACCACUUCACCGCUAGAUGGGUCGUGCGUUCCUAUUCGAAUUAAUAAGAUAAUAGAUAAUAGUUAGUAUCAUAGAAAUACUACUAAUUAUUUAACGUUCGAUACAUGUCUUGUGCAAUCUUUGCAACUACCAGCUAAUUGAUUUUGUAUAUCUGUGUUACAUUGUAAGAAUUUACGAAGAAGUAUUUUCUUUCGGAAUUGUUUUUUUUUUAUCUUAAAGAUAUUAUAGGUUGUUAAGUGCAAUUACACUGAUAUACAACGUAAAUAUUAUCGUCGACGUUGAUAUGAAGAAACCCACGUAUAGAUAACAGAUUUGUUUACAUUUUUGUUUACGUAAUACCUAUUUACUUAUUUUGAUGUAUAUUUUAUUAUACUUGUUCGAGAAACGCGCAGAAACGUCAAGUAAAAACGUCAAAACCUCGUAUGUCUCGCCAUGGUGAUGGGAGUUCUAAUAUAUAAUCAUAUUUUACAAUAGGUGUGUUCGCUCAGUACAUUAGUAAUAUUAAUAUCGAAUUUAAUUGAAGACAAGUCGAGUAACUUUCUAAGUGCUUAUAACUUUCAGUGCGACUUUUUUAAAUCUCUAGAAAUUUUCACGCCGCUAGUAUUAUAAUUUUAUUUUAAUUGAAUAAUCGGCAUAUAAAAGUGGUGGAUAUAAAAUUAGGAAUAAAGUUUAACUUAUUCUAAAUCCAAACCAUUUUGAUACAAUUCACCGCCGGUCUAGUUAUAGGAAUGGCGUUAAACAUCUUCGAACGUUCUGGAAGAGCAUCAAUUUCUCCAUAUUCCAUAGUGCAUUUUCUUAACACGAAAUUCAUAAAAAUAUUUUAUUGCUACUAAAAGACAGCGCUUGUUUUGCCCAUCUUUUUUCAAUAGUUGAGUGAAAUCAGAGAAAUAAGUAAUUUCUAAAACGAAUUAAAAACAUCUGAUUAGGUUUUUCUAAUUAUAUGUCCACCGUUAUACGCACACGGCCUUUCGCGACUAUGCCACACCGAAUGCACUUUAAAUAUUUUAGGCGGGAAUUUUACAGAAUUAAGACCUCAUUUUUAAAUAAUGCAGGUACCCUUUCAACCCUAUUGUUCGAAAAGUAUUAAUUGAUCAUAACAAAGUUUUUUAUUUCAAUCAGCAUCAUAAAUGAGAAUAUUUAUUUUUUAACUUGAUACACUAAUGUCUGUUGUUGUCUGUGUUGAAUCUGAAAAUACCUUGCGUUAAUUUUGUCUAGUAUAAUCCUCAAUAUAAUUCUUUUUUUUUUUUCAAAUUGUUAGUACUCACAUGUUUAACAAUGUCUGUCGCGUUAUUAUAAUACCGUGCGUGUCACGUCACCAUGUUGAAUCAUGCGUCGGAUCAUCUUCAAUAAAACAUCUCAAAAACACCGGGUACUAAUAUUAUCACGUCGACGACUACAUAUUGCAAACUCUUAAACCAUUACUAAAUAAAAAUAAAAGAAUCGAGUGACAUUGCUGCUUCAGUAUAAUUCGUACAAAACUAUUGUAACUUGUGUUGUGUUUAUGUUAGUGUAUAACGAUUUCAAACGUCGGUUUGGAACUAGAAUUAAACCGUCCUUUAUUUGUAUCUCGUUUUAAUUCUUAUAUAUUGUGUAUAAGUCAUCGAUAUAUUACCAUAAUAUAUCGAUGGUAUAAGUUGUAGAUUAUACACGCGAAUCGUAUUGAAGCGAACUAAAGAAGAAUUAUAGAUUUGCUGUAAAUACUUUGGUAGUUAAGCAAUUUCGAGAAUAUUCUAAACUCUAUCGAGGUUAGUUUGGGUCGUGGUGGCCGUCAACAUCUUCGUUAAGUAUAUUUGAUAUUGUCUGGAUGUAUUGAAAGUUUAUUUGUUUAUUGUAUUUUUAAGCUAUUGCAUAGCUUCUAUCGCGAGCCCUGAGCGCGGCGACUGAAUCAAGAAAUUCCGUAACGAAAAUAACCUGACACCCACCCACUACGCCUACUAUGUAACUCGCGUUCAACACAUUCACACGUUGCGCUUGUGUAGUGUUUGUGAAUAAGCGCGCGGCGUGACGUCGCUCUGCCGCAUGCACAUCAUGAAAAGUCUGCCCAUCUCUCCCUCGCGCGGUCUAGGUUAUGAGUGUGAAGGGGACAGUUAAUGUUUUGCUUUUGUUAAUAUUUAUAAAUAUAGCGUGGUCUUAUUGUUGUUUUAAUAUUAAAUUAUUAUUGUCGAUUUAUAAUUGCAUAAGUUGAUAAAAAAUGCUAUGCAAUAGCUUUACCGCGGCAGUCUCCGAGUGCCACACGUGUUUUUUUUUAAUGGUGCCUUAGCACGUUGUCUUUGUAUACUGUAACCGCACGUCCGAACUCUGAAUGCGGCCUUCAGUAAAAAACCUUUUUUCAUUAGACGAUCACGUUCUUUCAGCGGUAGUCGUUCAUGGACACAGUUAUAUAUGUAUAGUUAAAAAAUACGGUGUCAGCGCUUGCAUCGAACCACGACACAAUCGCACGACUUCGAGUAUACCGGACGUCUUACCUAUGAGACGUCUAUGUUUUUUACCAUUUUCAAUUUACAACGUGUCCUAUCCGUAUUCUGAAUAUUUUUACUAAUGUAUUUCUUUUUUGGGUGGUGGUAUUAUGAUUAUUAUUCUUUUGUAUUAAUGUUUUUACUCAGUAUUGAAAUCAGAUCUUAAUUAUAGCGUAAGUUGAUAUUGAACAAAAAAUCCUCGACGUUAGAAGAAGCAUAAAGUCGGAUAAAUGUGAUUAAAAUUUUUCAUAUUGAACGUUAGAUAAUUUAUAUCGGUCUGGUCUAUCAUAGAUGCGAUCAUUUCAAGGAUAUAGUUUUUAAAUAAUCAAUGCAAGCAUUCAUGAAGAGAUUGUAAAUAAAAGACAAUAAAUUAUGAUUGUAGACAAUAAUACGUAUAACGUCUUCAUCUUUCAUCGCGAGAUCUCGUCUGUAAUAUUCAAAUCUGAGUAUUACAUCAGUCAGCGAGAAUUAAAGUGCGUUACUUAUAAUGAAACAAUUUGUAAAAUCCACAAACUUGGAUUCUAUCUAACACAGCACAGGCCGAAUGCUUCCGAUGUGGGACCGUUUUAAAAGCGGUUUUCUCAAAAACCUAUCCGACUUUACAUUUCCUUCUCAUUAUUUUAUCAAUUUCAUUAUUUUUAUUGAUUUUUAUUUUAAGUUUACAACCAUAGGAAAUACCGUGUUGAAUUUAAACAUUUCUAUAAAUUUAGGUUUUAUAAAAUGUUACGUAACACACGGAUUACAUCACAGAGAAUUGUUUGUUUUAAUGUUGAUAAUAUGUUUGUACAAACAAUAAUAGGCAAUCGGACAUCAAAAUUAAACAAUACAAUGACUAAGGUUAGUGUAUCUUAAUAUAAUAAAAACCGUCUUUCAAUAACCAUUGUUAAGAAAUGUUGUAUUAAAUUAAAAUGGUAUGCUUAAUGUAUUUAAUUAAAAUUACGAAGAAAACGUUUGUCUGUCAAUAUAUUUUAUAUUACUGUCCGUUUGCCUGUUGUAAUGUUAAUAAUGGUCUCCGAUUAUAUGCAUCACGUUUUACUUGAUAUUACACAAUAUUUUAUACAAUAUUUUUACGACUGAAAAUAAGUAUCUAAUAAAAAGUAUUGAAUUUCAAUAA